CGAAGAAUCUCUCUGCAUUUUUCAAUCUUCGCUACAUGCAUAGCACUUUCUCUCUCUUCCGCACCUCCUCUCUUCCGCCGUGCCGUACAUGGCUAAGCCGAAACUCGUCCGCCGUGCUCUCGAUUCCUACACCGUUAAGCACAUCGGCAAAGUAAUCUGCCGCGGCGAUUGCGUUUUGAUGAGGCCGUCGGACUCGUCAAAGCCGUCGUACGUGGCGCGCUUGGAGCAGAUCGAGGCGGACGGCCGCGGCGAGAACGUGAGGGUGCAGGUGAGGUGGUAUUACCGGCCGGAGGAGUCGAUCGGCGGCCGAAGGCAGUUCCACGGCUCGAAGGAGGUGUUUUUGUCCGAUCAUUUUGAUAUUCAGAGUGCUGAUACCAUAGAGGGCAAGUGUACGGUGCAUAGCUUCAAGAGCUACACUAAGCUCGACGCCGUUGGGAACGAAGACUACUUCUGUCGUUUUGAGUACAAUUCGUCUACUGGUGCCUUCAAUCCUGAUAGAGUCGCCGUGUAUUGUAAAUGUGAGAUGCCUUAUAAUCCUGAUGACCUAAUGAUCCAGUGUGAAGGAUGCAGCGACUGGUUUCAUCCAACUUGUAUUGAGGUGAACCCAGAGGAAGCCGAAAGACUAGAUCAUUUCUACUGUCUUGAUUGUUCCCCUGAAAAUAAAAAGAAAUUACAAAGUUCUCGCGUGUCUACUAGAGAAACUGAUGUCAAGGUGGAUACAAAACGCCGACGCAGGUGAUGAGUACAAGAACUGAAUCCACACACUGAUAUUCACAAUGCAAACAAUCUCUGAGGUAAAAGAAAAUUUGAGAGGAGAUAAGAACUGAACUAGUUGGGAAACUCAUCAUGAAGACCAACUUAUGUCCUCGUAGGGGUUGUCUGUAAACUGUAGUUAUGUAUUUAGGCUAGCUAGAUGUAUGACGUCCUUUAACCCCUUUAUACGUAUAUUUGAAGGACUCUUGCUGCACUGACCAAUCCUAGAGUAAGAGACCAUAAGGCUUAUGAGAUGCUACUCUACUUACUAGGGUUGAUUCGCGAGUAAUGGGAUAAACGUGAGCAUGAAAUUCUAACCAUUCGCAGAUGCUACCUGUCUGGGUAGAGCAUAAGGUUGAGUGGUAGAUGAAGAGUUGUUCGGAGUGUGGACUAUGUAUGUGGUAUGUGCCUUGUGUUAAAUACUUAAAAUAUCUCCAUGUAGCUUCCAUUUUGUUUAUAUCACUAUCAUUUAGAGCAAAA